AGAAAAAGUGGGGAUUUCCACUCCUGAGAAUACCCACAUUAAUACCAAACAAUGGACUCCCCAAGGAUAACACCUGGAAUUGAAACAGGUAUACAACAUAUGUCAGAGUCUGUGUUUGUGGGACUGUGUCGUACAGUGGGGACCUCACAACAAGUGGCAAUGAGGAGAGAUGUGACAGACAUUAACGAGAUGGUGAUAAAUAAAGCCACAAAAAGUCACAUGAACAUGAGGAUGUGGAGUGGAAGUUACAGAGAAGGAUUCAGAAUGAAGGGAUCUGAUGUGGAUUUUAUGUGUUGGUUUAACAACCAACCAGUGAUCUGGGACUUAUCUCAGACCCAGUUUUACAAUAUACACAGACAAUCCCUGAUUCUCUCUGUCUCUUCUGAAAGUCCACCCGGAUUUACUUUACUUCAAUUACUGUCACCAAGAGCAAGCAACAGAGUUAUCUCAGCAUUAGUCACAAUGAAUGGUGGACGUUAUAUAUCUAGUUCUAAAUACAGAGAGAUCACAUGUUCGCUUGUAUUGCCUAACUCUACAGUACAUGGCCCAUGUGGCAGUGGAGCUAUAGGGAUACUAGAAUAUGACACUGCUCAGUGUUUUGUUUGUGACUUUUGGCCUCCGUCUGCCUCCUCAUGGAUAGACAGAUGUCACACAUGGCCCCAGCCACAAGUUGUCAGGGACAUAGUCAGAAGUGGAUGUCACUUUGUAGCAAUAGGACACAAAUUAGGAAAUCAUGAAAGCAAUGAAUGGAGAAUUUCAUUUUCUCUGGCAGAACAAAAACUUGUGUACUCAAUGAACCACUGUCAAUUCUUAACUUACGGUUUGCUGAAAUUAUUCUUAAAAGAAGUCAUUAACAAUGGAUUAGGUGAUAAUGAGAAAUUACUGUGUUCCUAUCACAUGAAGACAGCAGUUUUCUGGACGAUUCAACGAAACACAAUACCUAACUGGUGUCCACAGAAUCUCCUGAAAUGUUUCUGGUACUGCUUUAAACUCAUCCUUAAAUGGGUGUAUGAGGGAGUCUGUCCUAACUUUUUCAUUCCAGAAAACAACAUGUUUCUCAGUAAUAUCCAUGGAGAAGCACAAAACAGAUUAUUCGUUAGACUGUUUGGUUUUUAUGAAAAAGGUUUAGCAUCACUGCUACACAGUCCCUCCCUCAGGUCCUAUAUUACAAAUGUCCUAUAUAACCCCAGACUCAGUAUUUGUACUGAUGAACACACUCUGAUAUCUGAGACCGAGUUUGAUAAAGAAAUGUUUAGUGAGAUGUUUGCAAGAAAUUCAAUAGACUCAUCAGACCUCUACCUCAAUAUGAAAUACUUGAACACAAUAGAACAAUUGAUAUUCUCACCCCUGACACAGUGUCAAGUUUUCAUGUUACAGGUAUUUACAACCUCCUUCCUUCAGAGUGCUGCUUUUACAUUACAAAACAUGUACAGCAACACCACUGAAAACAAGCUGAUGUAUAUUGCUGACAGAAUGUCUUGUGACAUGUUGAAACUCACAGCCAAGUUUGGGUGUAUUUCUGACAGGUUGUACACUGCAAUGUAUUAUUACAAGACACUCAGAUACACAGAAGCUUUGUCUGUGAUAGAGAUGACAAAGGUCAACUUAGCUCAGCCAUAUGUGAUGUAUGACGAGACAGUAGACACAGAGAGGUAUACCGAGGCUGUAGGGGGGCAGUCCUGGUCUACAAAGUUAAGACAUGCUGUAGCAUGGAGUAUCAAAUUACACAACAGAAUCAUUUAUAUCAAUGAAUUAAUGACAGAGCAGAUGGUUUCCUUACAGAACCAUUGCCCUGCAUUGUUAAUCCCACCCCUAGUUGUGUUACACAUGCUGGAGUUCUUGUGUUCCAGACAUAUUGACACAAUGAGAGCACAAGCAGCUCUUAAUGAUCUACAGGUCCUAGUUCACCAUGAUCAGGGGCUGUAUGUAAGUGUGAUCUUCAGAGACAUAUCAUGGCAGAUCCUGGGUAUCUGUCAGCAGAUCUCGGGGAACCUCCAGGCUGCUCUAUACUCCUACCAACAAUCACUCAGACAAUAUCCAUGGCAUAAAAUACGAAGUGCUACACUAAUGAGAAUACAAGAACUUGGAUAAGGAUAGAAUAUCUCAUAUUACUUUAACUAAUGUAUGAUUGAUAAUCAUCAGUAAUUCAAGUCAAAUGUGUUAAUUAUGGAGAUUUCAGAUGUCAAUGUUAUAAGUUGCUUGCUAUGGAUUAGACAUGUUAGAUUAAUGAAAAGUUAUUUUAUCUUUGCCUUAAAAGUCAGUUCAUCAGUACAUGUGAAACUUAAAUGCACUGCAUUCUUUCAUUACAAUACAUUUCGUAACAUAAUGUUAAAAUCUCUUUCAUGUGCAUAGCCACAUUUUUGGAAAAUUUAAUAUUUUAAAUCAAGAUUCCUGGGAUCAGAAAGGAACUGGAGAACAUUUGAAACAGAUAAAAACAAGAUGAGUUUGUGAAACACAAAUGCCCCCGAUAAUGGCCAAUUCCGAAGAUGGCCAAGGUCACAAGGGCAAACAUAUUGGUACCAGUAGAAAGAUCUUGUCAAAGGAAAUGCUCAUGUACAAUAUGAAAGCUCUAAUAUUUACCAUUUAGAAGUUAUGACCAAUGUAAAAAAAAAUAUUUAAAGUAGGUCAAAUGUCAAUGUCAAAAGGUUCAAUACCAACGGAAAGAUCUUGUAACAAGGAAUACUCAUGUGAAAUAUCAAAGCUCUAUCUCUUACUGUUCAAAAGUUAUUAGCAAGGUUAAAGUUUCAGACAGAAUGACAGAAUUACAAAAUGACAGACAGGACAAAAACAAUAUGUCCCCCAAUCUUUGAUCUCGGGGGCAUAAAAAUCAAUUUAUCUAAGUUAGGUCCAUCCUUUAAAAAUCUGUCGAUCAAAUAUUUUUUUCCCUUUCUAUAGCCUAAACAACAUUUAAGAUAAACAUGUUGAACAUGCCCUAUAGUAUACUUAUCAUCUAUGAGGUACGUGUCUUGGAGUAUAUGCACACAAAAAUCAAAUAUCUAAAAUACAAAAAAGACGAUAUAUGAAGUCAUCUGCUAAAGCAUGUCAUACUAGCUUAAAUGAUUAAAAACCAACAUAUAAUCACUUAUUACAAACACUUUUAAAAAAUAAAUAAUCUAAUGUUUAAGCUGCACAUGACCCUCAGAAUAAAUCUCAAAAUGUGUCAUUUAUAUCAAAAUUUUUCAAAUUCUAUAUUGUUUAGGUACCCUUUUUUGAAGAUUAUUUAGAUGAUACUUCAUGAUGCUUGUUACCACUUCAUGAAAAGUAUGUCAGCAUGUCUCAUGUAUCCUCAAAACAUGAUAUUUAUUUUUUACAUUAACAUUCCAUAUUAAUUUUAUCAGAAUUCCAAGUCGUCAAAAUAGAUCUCCUUAUUCAUCAAGAUUCAUACAAGCAUUGUUCACAACUGCAAAACAUCCACGAGGAAAUGGCUAUCAUAAUGAUUUGUUGAUACUUUAAAAAAGAGAAAAACCUUUUAAAUAUAAAUAUUAGGAAUAUAUAUCAUGCUUUUAAUCAUGACUACUUUAUAUCGAUAUGCUUUACAUGCAUGUGUAAUGCAGUUUUAUGUAGUGAGAAAGGCCACUAUUGUAUUGCAAAUUUUCAACAACCAUUCAAUCAAAGUUACAAGUACAACAAGCUCACAUUCCAGGGAUAUAGCUGUCUAUCACCAGCAGGCCAUGGCAUGCCCAUCAUUAUGGUCAAAUAAAAAAGAACGAAAGAAAAAAGACUAAAAGUAAAUAGAAAAAAUCAUAAAGUCACCAGAAAGCAGUGAUGUAAUCGAGUUUACUACAUAUUUGUAUUAUUGACUAAUUAAUACUGAUAAUCAAUAUUGCUACUAGAGUUGUGUAGUUUCAUCUAAUUCAUAAUAAUUUUUAUAAGAACCAAUUGCAUUUUGUGGAUUUAUGAAUUCUAUUUACAUGUAUUAUAAUUACGAAUUAUAUGUAGGUUAUUGAAUUUCCCAUGCUGACUGUACAAUCACAUAAUGUUAACAAUAAACCGAAACCUGUCGAGUGGAAUUAAAUCAAAAUGGCUAACUGUCACAAUAUUUACGAUUUUUUCAUAAUCUUUUGACAAAACAUGCUUGAGCUAAGAUUUAAAAAAAAGUUCUUUUAAUUAUUUAUCAAAACCUUUGACAAAUAGAAGAUAUGAUAACUGCAAUGAUAAAUACCUUGUCCAUGAAAUUAAAAAAUUUAACAUUUUAAAAUUACUGUUUGUAAAUACGUGAAUUUUUGUAUGAAAUUGAUAUAUUUCAUCCAUUUCAAACUCGGGCGUUGUUCAUUUUAUAUACAUAUUUUGACAACAGAAAACACUAAACCCCAAGAGCUUCUGGAACUUUACACCUGUGCUCCUACUAUGGUUUCAUCCAGGGCCCAAGAAGGGCAGGGGGGGGGGGGGUUGUUAAGAUGACCCUCCAGACUUCCUGCCUUCUUUGGCAUGCACAUCAUUUUGUUCUAGCCGCGCCCCUGCAUUCAUUACAGGACAUUAUGACAUUAUGCAAAUUACAAUGUAUAUUCUGUAACAAAAGGUAUGUGUACUAUACACAUGUAUUAAUAAAAAUUAUCAUUUAUGUUGUGGUGUUUCUCUCUGUUGAGAAUUUAGUUUUACAGGUAAUACAGGUGGAUCACUACACCAAAAUUUUACCUGGCUCGUUAAAACAUUUCUUAUGAUAUAUGUAUAUGAUUUCAUAAUAAAAAUAUCAUAAAAAACAA